AAAAAGUUGAAGAGUAAAUUGGUCAAACUCUGGUUAAUCUCGAUUUAGCCUUAAAAUCUUGAAUCAUUACUUCACCUGCGCCGAGUUUGGUGCAAAUAAAAUUGGAGACAUAAAAUUACCGUUUUAUGUAUCCGAAGAUAUGAAUAUCCGCAAACACCCGGUCGUAGGAUUAUUUGGCAGAACCUCUAAUCCUUCCCUCCAUUCGUUUAGUUCUUUUGGGUUGCUCUUCUUUAGGUGCUGUGCAGUUUUAAAUGGUGCAUGCAUCGUUACUUCGUGGGAAUGCUAUUCUGAAUUCGACCUUAAUCACCAUCCUUGAUAAAUGCAAGUCAUUGUUAGAGCUGAAGCAAAUUCAUGCUCUGGUGAUCACUUUAGGUCUCUCCCAAGAUGAGCCUUUUGUGUCUAGAAUUCUUUCCUUCUCCGCACUAUCUGAUUCAGCAAACAUCGAUUACUCCUACUGGGUUCUUUUAUCUCUCUCAAACCCAACAAUCUUCAAUUGGAACACAGUCAUGAGAGGAUAUUCGAAGAGCAAAUACCCAAAUAAAUCAGUAUCGGUUUUUGUUAAAAUGUUACGGGUUGGAAUCUUGCCUGACUAUUUAACAUUCCCUUUUCUUGCCAAGGCAUCAGCUGGUCUCUUGAAUCGAGAACUCGGUAUGGCCUUUCAUGCCCAUAUUAUAAAAGCUGGGUAUGAAUCUGAUAGGUUUGUUUCGAAUUCUUUGAUUCAUAUGUAUGCAACUUUCGGAGAUAUUUUGCAUGCACGGAAAGUGUUCGAUGGAAUACCUCUCAAGAAUUUGGUAUCAUGGAAUUCCAUGGUAGAUGGCUACGCAAAAUGUGGAGAUAUGGCUUUGGCAUUCGAAUUGUUUGAUUCAAUGCCUGAACAUGACGUCUUGUCGUGGAGUUCUUUGAUUGAUGGGUAUGUUAAGAGUGGGGAUUACGGCGAUGCUUUGGCAGUUUUUGAGAAAAUGAGGGUCUCGGGUCCCAAUCCCAAUGAGGUGACUAUGGUGAGUGUAUUGUGUGCUUGUGCUCACUUGGGUGCCCUUGAUAAAGGGAGGAUGAUGCAUCGUUACGUGAUUGAUAAUGGGUUGCCAUUGACUCUGGUUUUGCGCACCUCUCUUGUGGACAUGUAUGCCAAAUGCGGGGCAAUACAAGAGGCUUUCAGAUUGUUUCGUGGGGUUUCCAAGGAGCUGAGUGAUGUGUUAAUUUGGAAUGCUAUGAUUGGAGGAUUAGCAACUCAUGGUUUGGUUAAAGAAUCACUUGAUUUGUUUACAGAAAUGCAUAUUGUUGGGGUUAAGUCAGACGAAAUCACAUACUUGAGCUUGUUGUGUGCUUGUGCCCAUGGUGGGUUAGUAAAGGAAGCUUGGUAUUUCUUUGACUGUCUUCGUAAACAUGGAAUGGCUCCUAAGAGUGAGCAUUAUGCUUGUAUGGUGGAUGUUAUGGCUCGUGCUGGUCAAAUUGCAGAGGCAUACCAAUUUCUAUGUCAAAUGCCCAUCGAGCCAACAGCUUCAAUGUUAGGUGCUCUGCUAAGUGGAUGUAUGAACCACAGAAAGUUUGAUCUUGCAGAAAUGGUAGGAAGGAAACUUAUUGAGCUAGAGCCAUACCAUGAUGGCAGAUAUAUUGGCUUAUCAAAUAUUUAUGCUAUUGUGAGACGCUGGGAUAAAGCAAGAAGCACGAGAGAGGCCAUGGAGAGGAUGGGGGUGAAAAAAUCUCCUGGUUAUAGCUUUGUGGAGAUUUAUGGAGCUUUGCAUAUAUUCGUUGCACAUGAUAAAAUGCAUCCUAGUUCAGAGCAAAUAUAUAUGAUGUUAAAUUUUGUUGUAAGCCAAAUAAAGCAUACUGUUGAUUAUGAAAAUCAAGAAUAUUCUUUUGUAUGAUAAGGAAGGAGAAGAUUAAUUAUUAAUUACUUCUGCAUAUUGAAUUUUUCAAACUCAUCUUCUUUAGGUAAAAAUUCUGUAGCAAAUUAUCUGGUAAAUUUCAGAUUUUAUCAAAGAGUUUUAUCCCUGUAA